UUCAAAUUCAACAUGUAUCAACCUCGCCAGGCGUACGCGCCCACCCCUCACAGCUAUGUCCCGAGUACCAUUUCGGCUACUAUCAAUCUCGAUGAGGAAGUCAAGCUUGCAGAAACAAGAGCAGAACGAGAUCUCCAAGACUCACUUGCCGAAGUCUUUAGCAUUAUCAUUACCUUAGACGAACUCGAAAAAGCAUAUCUCAAAGAUGCGAUCUCCGAAACGGAUUAUACCGAGAUAUGUGGCAGGUUAUUGAACCAAUACAAAGCUAUUUUGACAGAUGAGGGUGUAUCUCGAGCAUUCGUUGAUCUGGAAACUUUCAAGAAUGAGUGGGAUAUGGAAGUCCCUCGAGCCACGGAGCGUAUAAGAAUAGGCCUUCCCAGUACAGUCACUGCUCCAGCCAUCAACGCUCCAGCGAACAACAAUAGUGGUUCUAAUGGAACUCUGAUCUUGGAGGCUACGCAAGACUUCAUCACUUUCCUGGAUGCCCUCAAGCUUGGACUACUUGCAAAAGAUCAAUUGCAUCCACUUCUCUCAGACGUUAUCCAAAGUGUGAACAAAGUUACGGAUCGAGACUUCGACGGCAGAGGAAAGAUUGUGCAGUGGUUGAUAGCAUUGAAUCAAAUGAAAGCUACGGAGGAGGUGAGCGAUGACCAAGCAAGAGAGCUGGAGCUAGAUAUGAAUUCGGCAUAUCAGGGCUUCAAGGCAACUCUGAAAUAAUUAUGACCAUUGAAAUGUAAUGCAUAGCGUAUGGGGUUGUGGUCUCGAUGAUCUUUAAUUUAUGCCAUACAAGCAAUUGAGUAGAGCGGUGCUUAUGCAUCUAAACCAAGAAUGUCCAGAAACUUGGAUACACGAACUCGUCCUCAAAGAUUCUC